CACAUCGGGGGACACAUUAUAUUUCAACGUGGAGGAGGAGUGCAUUGGAACUAUUCCAAUGCCUCCAAUUCCUCAUGGGGAUUGGAAAGGGAGGCAAUUUAGGUAUUAUGGGGAGUCGAAUGAACAUUUGCAUCUCGUUAUAAUAUACGGUCCGAGGAUUCAAUUUGAUGUUUACGAGAUGGAGAGAGAUUACUUUGGGUGGUUUGUGAAGUAUUGUGUCGAUCUUGGUUCAGUUGGAGUUGCGUUUUCCCAGAUGAUGCAAAGGCUCUCGUGGGACCCAAUGUAUUACUCGUUUGCUAUACUUUCACUUGUACGAGAGGAAAAAGACGAUGAGGACUCAUUUAUGGUGUUGCAUGUACCGGGUAAGAUUUUACGGUACAAUCUUGGAGACAAGAGUUUUGAGAAGAUAUGUGAUGUUGGUGACGCGCAUUGUGAUGGUAAUGGCAUGAUUGAGGAUUCUUUGAUGUAUUUUUGGUUUCAUUCCUUCCAAUACAUUGAGUUUGUCUCUUGUAUUUGAAUGUGGUUUUUUACUUUAAAUCAAUGAAUUAAUUCACUUCUUGAAUUCUCAUUUUGUAGUUUCAGGUAUUAAAAAUUGAUUGCGUUUGUUGUUGUAAUGUGAUAAUAUACACCGUUUGGUAUUUAAUGUGAUAAUCAUGGCAAUUAUUCGAAGCCACUUAUA